CCGCCUUUUCUUAUUUCUCCUUGCGUGUGUGCGUGCGCCCUUUUUCACUUUCUAACCGACGUAGUAGUUGCAUACAUUGAUUGCAUCAUUGCUCAUCCAUGACUGUCGAGCACGGCACAUCACCACAGUGCAACAGAGGACAUUGGAGGAGAAAAAGAAACCAACCGCUAGGCUUAGCCAUCUCCAUCGCCGGGACCACCCCCGUCUGCAGUCUCCGCCGUACCGCCCCUCGUCUUGGCUCGUGUGGCCUGCGGCAGACGGAGGCCCUGGCCCUUUUUGGCCUGCUCGUUGACUCGGCUUCCUCUGAUACCACCACCCACGACUAAUACUAGCUUGAGAUUUGCCCCAGGGCCAGGGGUGUGCGCCGCAGACCCUUCUGAGCGCCCACGUUUGUGUCCACUUGCGCGCGUCGCAGCGUCGCCUCUGCCAUUGCCCACUAGAUUGCCUGCGCGUGUGCCUGGACCAGGGUUCGAUAUACUAGACCUUGGCUUGCAGUCCCUCGCCAUAUGCUGUUGCUGCUACUGCCACUACUGCUGCUCGCUCCAUCUAGUCCUGCAUCCUUUCUCCGUCCAAAUCGUCGUUUGCUACCCGCCGCGGAGAUACAUCUUUCCCAGGGGAUUUGGUUUCAACCGUUCCGUUUGUUAUAUCUUGGACGGAUAUCUUCGACUAGAAAUCGAAACGUCUUUUCUUCUUCCCUCUUCAUUCCAGAGACAUUCCCGAUCUUGACGGCAAGCACCGGCGACUCCUUUUGCAAUCCUAGUCACCUUGCGCGCCCCCUCUAGAAUCUCCCGGCCAAAUACAUUCCCUUUUUUCUUUUCUCGUCUGCCUUCUAGAACUUUGCCCAACCCGAUACACCUUCAUUCCAAUCACAACCAACCGCCAUCAUGGGUUUCAACGUAGCAACCUUGUGGCAGGCUCCCGAAGUCAACCCCAUCAACGGCAAGGCCCGAACUAUCCCCGUCUUGAACCCCCUCGAUAAGCACGGCCGUGUCUUCUUCUUCUCAUGGCUCGGCUUCAUGGUAGCGUUCCUGUCGUGGUACGCUUUCCCUCCUCUGCUGUCCAUCACUAUCAAGCAGGAUCUUCACCUCACCCCCGAACAGAUUGCCAACUCUAACAUUGUCGCCCUUACUGCUACUCUUCUCGUCCGCGUUGUGGCUGGUCCCCUCUGUGACAAGUUUGGUCCUAGAAUCACAUUUGCUGGCUGCCUUCUCGCUGGUGCCAUUCCCUCUGCCCUUGCCGGUACCGUGACGAGCGCCAGUGGCCUCAUUGCCCUCCGCUUCUUCAUUGGUAUCCUCGGUGGAACUUUCGUUCCUUGCCAGGUCUGGACCACUGGGUUCUUUGACAAGAACGUCAUUGGUACUGCCAAUGCCUUGACUGCUGGUUGGGGUAACGCUGGUGGUGGCAUCACCUACUUUGUCAUGCCUGCCAUCUUCGACUCUCUUGUUGCUAACCAGAACCUCUCUGCUCACACUGCCUGGAGAGUGGCUUUCGUCGUUCCCUUCAUCCUCAUCACCUCCAUUGCUGCCGGUAUGCUUCUUCUCUGCGACGACUGCCCCAGCGGUAGCUGGUCUACGCGCCAGACUGCUGUCAGGGACAACCUCCACGCCCGCGGCAUCAACACUCCCAGUGACACUCCUUCCCUGAGCGAGAAGACCCCCAACGAGACCAGCGCCGAUGCUGCCGUUGCCGCCGAGGCCAAGCGUGAGAACCACAACAACGAGGCCGACAUGUCCGACAGCGAGCUCGACAACCUCAAGACCGAAGUCAUCCGCGACCCUACCCUCAUGGACUCUCUCCGCGUUUCUUUUGCUCCCCAGACCAUUACCGUCGCUGUCUGCUACAUCUGCUCUUUCGGUGCCGAGCUUGCCAUCAACUCCAUCCUCGGUGCCUACUACCUCAAGAACUUCAAGGGUCUCGGCCAGACUGGCACCGGUAACUGGGCUGCCAUGUUUGGUCUUCUCAACGUCGUCUUCCGUCCUCUUGGUGGUGUGAUUGCUGAUGUCCUGUACAAGAAGACUGGCAACGUCUGGACCAAGAAGGGAUGGUUGCACUUCCUCGGUUUCAUCACCGGUGCCUUCCAGAUUGCCAUUGGUGUCCUCGACUCCAAGAACCAAUCUACCAUGUUCGGUCUUAUUGCCGGUAUGGCUUUCUUCCUCGAGGCCGGCAACGGUGCCAACUUUGCCCUGGUCCCCCACAUCUUCCCUUCUGCCAACGGUGUCGUCUCUGGUAUCACUGGUGCCGCGGGUAACUUUGGUGGUAUCAUCUUUGCCAUCAUCUUCCGUUACAUGAAGACCGACUACGGAACCGCUUUCUGGGCCAUUGGUGUCUUCACCAUUGGUGCCAACCUGCUUGUUUCUUGGAUCAAGCCCGUCCCUGCCAACAAAUAAAUUGCAGGGAUGCCCAACAGGCGUAUAGACAGCGGAAGAAAGAAGAGAACAAAAAGACGAAGGAUUUGCUUCCAGUAGAGGAGCAUGCAUGCACGCACCAAAAGAAAACUUUGCAUCAUCUGUUUUGGGUCCGUUUUACAUUUUUGGGUUUAUUGGGAAACUAUGUUUUAUAUCCGCAUACGAAAUGCUCCUUUUUUAUAUCAUGUAAUGUACGCACAUAUGACGUCCAACUUUUGCAUUAGAUUUUGAACAGAAAACUGAACAUGAAGAACAUAGUUUUCGUCUUUGCAUUGCCUGCCCUUCUCAACUGGUGCCAUUUCUCGUUUCUCGUUUCUCGAUCUUUUCUUUUGGAAUGGUUUCGCAGUAUAUAUUGCCUUUGUACUAUUUGUUUGUGUAUUCGGGUCACUGGAGGCAGUUUGUUUCUUUUUUGCAUAUACCUUUUUUUCUUCCUUUUCGUCAGCAUUAGUCUACUCCUGAGGAGUGGCCAUUGCUGCAUCCGUUCAUUUUUUCACUUAUAGACCUACACUACUUAGAGCAGUUUUUUACCCUUAAUUCUCGUACACGCCUUUUCUGCUCACCUCCCACGACUCAUACUGUUGUUUUUGGCGUCUUUUACUGAUUCAAGUGUACUGUACUUACACGUCAGUCCGUCCUGUGUGCACACAAUCAAGCAA